CCCUGGCCGAGGUGGGCAGCGCAUGCCUCCGAGCAUGCCUGCUGUAGGGCGAGAGCAUGCCCUCGCUGGUGUCGAGCAUCGUGCUUCACAUGCUGCGGCAGAUUGCAAGGACUCGCAGCUCAUUCACAUCCGCAAGUCGCAAGGCCGCGCAGACUCCGAGGCCACGGCGCCUGUAGGGCAGCGUGAGUACGUCGCCAUCCACGAGCAUUCGAUUUGACGAAGCCCGAGGCCGGUUUUGCUGCUGUUAAGGCGCGAGGGCCUUCCUGCCCUCCGGACCUGCCAGCUCCAACCGCUGAAGGUCAAGGCGCACGACCACGGCUGGGCCAGGCCGAUGCCGAUAUAAGUCGCACCGACAGCACACAGGGGCAACCCCCGCAGCGUGCCUGGAUCGUGCCCAAAAGCGGGGCAUCCGCAGCACAGCAUCUCCUGUUUGCGAGAGGAGCCUCGCAACACGUUGUCUCACCUCCAUUCUGCGAGAUGCAGCUGCUCCUCCUGGCGCUCGUGCCGCUGGCCCUGGCGGCGCCACUGCUGCAGCGCGACAGCCCGGCGCCGACUGCGGCGUCAGCAGCAACGCUGGAGAUCUACGCGGCCCCCGCCGGCUUCUCGCGCGAUGCGUACUGCACCAACCUCGCCGUCGGCUCAAAAGUCGGCGACGACGGCCAGGUGCUGUGGCUCACCGGCGACGGACGGAAGACGCAGCGCGUGUACGUAGCGCGCUCGCCGAGCCGCGGCAUCGUCGUGGCACACCAGGGCACCAACACCUCCUCGCUCUUCUCGCUGCUCAACGACGGCGACUUCAUCCGCGACGCGCGCGAUACGCGGCUCGACUUCCUCGGCAGCGACGCCAGCGUCUCGGGCGGCUUCCAGGACGCCUGGCUCGACACGGCCGACGCCGUCCUGGCGCAGGUGCGCGCGGCACUGCUCACCUACCCUGGCAGCCGCGUGCUCGUGACGGGCCACUCGCUCGGCGCCAGCAUCUCGUUGCUCGAUGCUGCUUACUUGCGGCACGAGACGGGCGCAGAGAUCGACACGGUGCUCUUCGGACUGCCGCGCUCCGGCAACGACGCAUUCGCAGACGGCAUCGACGCUAUCCUGCCGGCGCAACGCCAUCUCUCGCACUACCGCGACCCCAUCCCGCACCUGCCCGGCAAGAGCUUCGGCUACCAGGCGCCGUCCGGCGAGGUGUGGCUAGACGACAGCGGCAACUACGGCGUCGACUGCGGCGGCCAGGAGAACGACAAGUGCUCGAACAGCGUGCAUUUCUAUCAGUACGACCGCGAUGACCACAAGGGCCCCUACGUGGGCGUGACGAUGGGCUGUGGCGCGUGAUAUGUAUUUGUGGAUGCGAUAGAGUG